AUGGCAAAACGCAUACGAUUGUGUGAUGAUGCACUUAUUCAUGAACUUUUUCAAGAAGAGUCAUCAGAUGAGGAUGAUUUCGUGGAAAAUGAUAGUGAUGAUGGCGAAGAAGAUAUUGUGGAGGAGGAGAUCCACGAUUCCGAUGCAGAAGAAGCAGUUCAACAGCCUGAUGAGGAGAGUUUGGACAUUGAUGAAGACGACGGUGACGAUGUUCCUCUUGCAAAUGUGUACUUGGUGAGAGAUAAGGAUAGGAAUGUUAUGAAAUGGGCGAAAAGUCCCCCACUACCAAGAAAUGUGCGCACCAGGGCAGAAAACAUAAUUGUAAGACUUCCUGGAACUAAAGGAGAGGCUAGGGAAAAAUUUUCUGAAAUUGAAUGUUUCAAUUUGUUCAUGGAUGAUAAAUUGAUCCGACUUAUAGUGACUUCAACGAACAUCUAUAUUAACUUGAUCAGGGAGAAAUUUCAAAGGGAUAGAGAUGCAAGAAUGACUGAUGAUGUAGAAAUCCGUGCUUUUCUUGGAAUUCUGUUUAUUUCUGGGGCAUUAGGAAGUAGCAGGAAGAAAACCAAGUUCAUUUGGGAUAACAGUAAAGGGUCAGGAGUUGAAUGCUGCUAUCUUGCCAUGAGUGAAAAAAGAUUUCAUUUUCUUAUGCGUUGUCUGCGGUUUGAUGACUACAGAGAUCGUCAGCAACGGAGGGAAAUCGACAGGUUAGCCCCAAUAAGAGAGCUGUUUGAACUAAUCAUUCAAAAUUUUCAAACUUUUUUCACACCAAGCGAAUUUUGUACAGUUGAUGAACAAUUGAUUGCGUUUCGAGGAAAAUGCCCAUUUCGUAUGUAUAUGCCAAAAAAACCUGCCAGAUAUGGUAUAAAAGUGUAUGCCCUUGUGUGUGCAAAAACAAUGUACACCGUAAACUUGGAAAUUUAUGCUGGGACUCAGCCCAAUGGUCCAUACAAAACAUCAAACUCUUCCGAGGACGUGACAAUGAGAAUGGUGGAACCAAUCUCAAGUACUAAUAGAAAUGUGACCAUCGACAACUGGUUUACAUCGGUAUCAUUGGCUGAGAAAUUAUUGAAAGAGAAGAACUGA